CUCUACCUGGCGUUAGUCAGAAAAUCAGUUACCUCAUCACAUCAGUUCACUAGUGCCGUUUUAUUUCAUUCCUCAAAAUGAUUUGCUCCAAAUGCUCAACUCUGGCUGACCAGGCUCCGGACAAGCCGAACACGAUUGACUGCCAGUUCAAUGUGCAGGGAAAGGUGUUCAACGAUCCAAUACAUGGGCUUGUGCCAAUGCACCCUUUGCUGGUCCGCAUCAUUGACACACCCCAGUUCCAGAGACUUCGCUACAUCAAGCAGCUUGGAGGGGCCUGCUAUGUCUAUCCUGGGGCGACCCACAACCGCUUUGAGCACUCCAUAGGAGUGAGUCACCUGGCAGGGAGACUGGUCCGGGAGCUGAAAGAGCGGCAGCCAGAACUUCAAAUCUCUUGCAGAGACUUCCUCUGUGUGCAGAUCGCUGGCCUCUGCCACGACCUGGGACAUGGCCCUUUCUCCCAUUUGUUUGAUGGGAUGUUUAUCCCCAAAGUCUCUACAGGAAGGAAAUGGAAGCACGAGGAUGCGUCCGUGGCCAUGUUUGACCACCUUGUCGACAAAAAUGAAUUGAAGAUGGAGCAGCAUGGUCUGGUCCUGCCUGAAGACCUGGACUUCAUCAAGGAACAAAUUGCUGGACCGAUUGACAAAACCCCUGGGAAGUGGGCUUACAAAGGCAGACCAGAGAAGAAGUCCUUCCUGUACGAAAUCAUAGCCAACAAGAGAAACGGUGUUGAUGUUGAUAAAUGGGACUACUUUGCCAGGGACUCUUACUACCUAGGUCUUCAGAGUAACUUUGACCAUGACCGCUUUAUCAACUUUGCCCGAGUCUGUGAGGUGGAUGAGGAGGUGGAUGGGAAUGUGGUUAAGAUGUCUCAGAUCUGUACCAGAGACAAGGAAGUGGACAACCUGUAUGAAAUGUUCCACACCAGAUUCUGCCUCCACAGACGAGCUUGCCAGCACAGAGUGGUUGAAGUGAUUCAGCUCAUGAUCGCAGACGCCCUUGUCAAAGCAAAUGAACACAUCAAGAUUGAAGGCUCUGGGGGGGAAAUGUUCAGAAUGUCAGACACCAUAGAUGACAUGGAGGCCUACACUAAACUCACAGACCAUGUGUUUGAGCAGAUCCUCUACUCCCCUCCUGACUCCCCUCCUGAGCUGACUGAGGCAAGAAAGAUUCUAGAGAACAUCACCUGUCGGCGUCACUACAAGUAUAUUGGCAACACUCGAAUGGAGGUCUCACAGGACCAGUUCGAGGUUUGGGCACGUGAAGUGGAAAGAGCCUGGAACCUGGAUGCAAAGGACUUUGUACGCAGUGACAUCAACAUGGACUAUGGGAUGAAUGAGGAUGACCCUAUUGACCAAAUGCGCUUCUACAAAAAGGACAACCCUACCAAAGCUGUCCCAAUCUCCAGAGACCAGGUGUCAUACUGCAGGCCCGAGAGAUUUUCACAGCAUCAGAUCAGGAUCUACUACAAGAAGGAGAUUGCUACACAGACUAUGAUUGACAUUAUGGGCCACUGGUGCAGAUACUUCCCCGAACCAUAGGUGGAACCCCAGAAUGAGUGAGGGCCUGAACCAAAGAUCAGGAGAACCAAGGAAUAAAGCAACAGAAAUUCUGAGCGUUCUCCCCAGAGAGCCCUCUUCUCAAAUGAUGAAGCACAGUGAUAUUUAGUCGGUGUAUACUGUGCAUUGUGUUGUGUAACAGAUGUGUAACUUGUCUUAUUGUUAAACUGCUAUGCUUCUUGGAACUGCAAACAAGACUUUCACCCACUGGUGCACUUGUGUACAUGGUUGAGUGACAAAACGGAUUGGAUUUGUUUUAAUGGAGAUGAUGACAAAAUGAUUAAGAUGCAAAAAAGAAAUGAGUCACUGAGUCAGCCUUGUUCAAACACUUUAUUCAAUUUCUGCCUUUUCUCCAAUCACUCUGAGAUGUCAUCUCUUUCAUGUAGUUCAGAUGAUUAAAAAAACUAAAAACGUAUAUUUAUAUAUUGUUAGAUGAAAAUGAAUUGGAAUGCAAGCAUCAAAAUGUCUUUAUUUUUGUGUUUUUUGGGGGGUAGAAGACAUGUUGAUUCUGUCUGGGAUUUCAAACCAAGUUAGCAUCAUAAUCGUAGCCUACAUAUUUAACAUUGGCUAUUCAAAUAUUUUAAUGGAUGUGGUAGUGGGCUGAGCCUGUCAAUAAGUUAUUCCAAUGACUGUUUACCCUGCGUGUCAUUUUAGUGUUUAGUUUAAGUUUGUCUCCCUCUACAGGAUGAGAUAAUGGCCAAUAGGCCCAGGUGUGGCUUACUGAGUGCAAAAAGCUGUUCUUGCAAAUUAGUUAUUAGGAUCCUGAUUUCUUUCCACAUUUGUUAAUGUUUUUUGUACCUGUCUUUUAAUCUGGAACAUGAAAACGGAAUAAAAUAUUAAAAAUACAUUUUUUGGUUUUCAACUACAACAAUUGUGGACAUUCCAC